CGUUCACGAGGCUCUUCCUUUCAGCCAGCGCCGUCGCCGCGAGUGAGUGCGUGGCCUGGAUGGACUGGUGACAUUUGGACCAGUUUUAACCAAGUCAGUCCCCUUAGAGUCCCACUAACACACCAGCAAGAUGCCGGCGUAUUUCCAGCGGCCAGAGAACGCCCUGAAGCGGGCGAACGAAUUUCUCGAGGUUGGCAAAAAGCAGCCGGCCUUGGAUGUUCUGUACGAUGUCAUCAAGAGCAAGAAGCACCGAACAUGGCAGAAGAUCCACGAGCCCAUCAUGCUCAAGUACCUGGAGCUGUGUGUGGAUCUGCGCAAGAGCCACCUGGCCAAGGAGGGUCUCUACCAGUACAAGAACAUCUGCCAGCAGGUGAACAUCAAAUCUCUGGAAGAUGUGGUCCGCGCCUACCUCAAACUGGCGGAGGAGAAAACGGAGACGGCUAAAGAAGAGUCGCAGCAGAUGGUACUGGACAUUGAGGACCUGGACAACAUCCAGACUCCAGAAAGUGUGCUGCUGAGUGCCGUGAGUGGAGAGGACACGCAGGACCGUACAGAUCGCCUGCUGCUCACGCCGUGGGUGAAGUUCCUGUGGGAGUCCUACCGCCAGUGCCUGGACCUGCUGAGAAACAACUCCAAGGUGGAGCGCCUGUAUCAUGACAUCGCCCAGCAAGCUUUUAAGUUCUGCCUUCAGUACACCCGCAAGGCGGAGUUCCGCAAGCUGUGCGACAACCUGCGCAUGCACCUGGGUCAGAUCCAGCGGCACCACAACCAGAGCACCGCCAUCAACCUGAACAACCCGGAGAGCCAGUCCAUGCACCUGGAGACGCGCCUGGUGCAGCUGGACAGCGCCAUCAGCAUGGAGCUGUGGCAGGAAGCGUUUAAGGCCGUAGAGGACAUCCACGGCCUGUUCGCGCUCUCCAAGAAGCCCCCCAAGCCCCAGCUCAUGGCCAACUACUACAACAAAGUCUCCACCGUCUUCUGGAAGUCCGGGAACGCUCUCUUCCACGCGUGCACCCUCCACCGCCUCUACCACCUGUCGAGGGAAAUGCGCAAGAACCUGACCCCGGACGAGAUGCAGAGGAUGUCCACCAGAGUCCUCCUGGCCACCCUGUCCAUUCCCAUCACCCCCGAGCGCACCGACAUCGCCCGGCUGCUGGACAUGGACGGCAUCAUCGUGGAGAAACACCGCAGGCUGGCCACCCUCCUGGGCCUGCAGUCCCCCCCGACCCGCCAGAGCCUCAUCAACGACAUGGUGCGGUUUAACCUGCUGCAGUACAUUUUGCCUGAAGUGAAGGAGCUUUACAACUGGCUGGAGGUCGACUUUCACCCCCUCAAGCUGAGCGGACGAGUGACCAAGGUGCUGAACUGGGUCCGGGAUCAGGCUGAGAAGGAGGCGGAUCUGCAGCAGUACGUCCCACACCUGCAGAGUAACACCAUCCUCAGGCUCCUGCAGCAGGUCGCUCAGAUCUACCAGAGCAUCGAGUUCAGCCGCUUGGCUACCCUGGUUCCUUUCGUGGACGCCUUUCAGCUGGAGCGCUCCAUCGUGGACGCCGCACGCCACUGUGACCUCCAGGUCCGAAUCGACCACACGUCUCGAACUUUGAGCUUUGGCUCUGACCUGAACUACUCGACCAAGGAGGAUUCUCCAGUCGGUCCGUUCCUGCAGAACAUGCCGUCAGAGCAGAUCAGGAACCAGCUGACGGCCAUGUCUGCUUCUUUAGCUAAAGCCAUCCAGGUCAUCAAACCCGCCACCAACCUGCAAGAGCGCGAUGAACACAAUCAGCAGGCCAUCGCCGCUUACCUGAAAAACGCUCGCAAGGAUCACCAGCGCAUCCUGGCCCGCAGGCAGACCAUCGAAGAGCGCAAGGAGCGCCUGGAAAGCCUCAACAUCCAGCGAGAGAAGGAGGAGCUGGAACAGCGAGAGGCCGAGAUGCAGAAGGUCCGCAAAGCUGAGGAGGAGCGUCUGCGGCAGGAGGCCAAAGAGCGGGAGAAGGAGCGCAUCAUGCAGGAGCACGAACAGAUCAAGAAGAAGACGGUCCGCGAACGGCUGGAGCAGAUCAAGAAAACUGAACUGGGAGCCAAAGCCUUCAAGGAUAUCGACAUUGAGGACCUGGAGGAGCUGGAUCCUGACUUCAUCAUGGCUAAACAGGUGGAGCAGCUGGAGAAGGAGAAGAAGGAACUUCAGGAGCGUCUGAAGAAUCAGGAGAAGAAGAUUGAUUACUUUGAGAGGGCAAAACGCCUCGAGGAGAUUCCUCUCAUCAAGAAAGCUUAUGAGGAGCAGCGUGUCAAAGACAUGGAGCUGUGGGAGCUCCAAGAGGAGGAGAGGAUCAGUAACUUGAAGAUCGAACGGGAAAAGGCUCUGGAGCACAAGAAGCGGAUGUCCAGGAUGAUGGAGGACAAGGAAGGCUUCCUGGCAAAAAUAACAGCUGCCCGCAGCUUCAUUUAUGAGGAAAAACUAAAAGCGUUCGAGGAGCGGCUGGUCGAGGAGAGGAAAAAGCGCCUGGAAGAAAGGAAGAGGCAGCGCAAAGAGGACCGUCGCAACACUUACUACCGCCAGAAGGAGGAGGAGGCUCAGCGAAUCCACGAGGAGCAGCUCAAGAAAGAACGUGAAGAGCGAGAGCGCCUGGAACAAGAGCGCCGCGAGGAGGAGGAGCGCGAGUACCAGGAGCGCCUUCGCAAACUCGAGGAGCAGGAGCGCAAGCAGCGUGCUCGCCAGCAGGAGAUCGAGGAGCGGAUCCGGCAGAAGACCGUCAGCCCACAAGAGAAGCAGCCUAAG